CUUCUAUUCACAAUUCAUUUUUUCGUGGUGCACUUUACAUUUGAAGUUCAAACUGUGAACAUAUCCGAUUUUUUUUUAGUGAGUUUUCAAUUCUUUUACAAUUUACUUAGCGAAUAAAGAGCUAAAUAAUCAAGUAAAUCGCGAUAUUCUAAGCGGUUUUACUUUUUCACCGCGAUGGACCGUUGGCCAAAAGAUGUCGGGAUACGCGCUAUCCACGUCGUCAUACCGUCGUUGUACGUCGAUCAAACCGAUUUGGAACGAUACGACCGAGUGUCCGAAGGAAAAUACACCGUCGGUCUGGGCCAAAAGCAAAUGGGAUUCUGCACGGACCUCGAAGACGUGAACUCGCUGUGCCUGACGGCGGUCAGCCAGCUGGUGGAGAACAACGGGCUCAGCUAUUCGGACAUAGGCCGGCUGGAGGUGGGCACCGAGACCAUAGUGGACAAGUCGAAAAGCGCGAAAACCGUUUUGAUGAAGCUGUUCGAGGCCACCGGCAAUUUCCAGGUGGAGGGAAUCGACACGACCAACGCCUGUUACGGCGGCACCGCGGCCCUGUUCAACGCCCUGGCGUGGACGGAGUCGAGCGCGUGGGACGGCAGGCUGGCCGUGGUGGUGGCCGCCGACAUCGCGGUGUACGCGGAGGGCGGCGCGCGUCCGACGGGCGGCGCCGGCGCCGUGGCCAUGUUGAUCGGCCCGGACGCCGCGCUGGUGGUCGACCGGGGCCUGCGGGGCACGUACAUGAACCACGCGUACGAUUUCUACAAGCCCGACAUGUGCUCCGAGUACCCGGUGGUGGACGGCAAGCUGUCCGUCGAGUGUUACCUGAACGCGCUGGACCGGUGCUACGAGUCGUACCUGAGCAAGUGCCGCGACGGCGGCGAUGACGUCCGCGGCGGCCUCGACCGGUUCGAUUCGUUCGUGUUCCACGCGCCGUACUGCAAACUGGUGCGGAAAUCGCUGGCCCGGUUGUGCGCCAACGAUUUCGUCCACCGCCGCGGCGACGAGAGCGGCUGGCCGGCGCCGGAACUGCGGGAGCGCCUGCGGCUGCGGCCGGCCGCACUCCUCGACCGGGACGUUGAGAAGACGUUCGUGGAGCGCAGCGCCGCCGUUUUCGCGGACAAGACCGAACCGUCGCUGGCGCUGGCGUCGCGGGUCGGCAACACGUACACGGCGUCCGUGUACGGCGGACUGGCGUCGUACCUGAUGUCGGUGCCGCCCGAACGGCUGGCCGGCAAGAAGAUCGGCGUGUUCUCCUACGGGUCCGGUCUGGCGUCGUCCAUGUACUCCGUCAGGGUGGUCGACAACAACGGUCUGUCCGUUCUGAUCGGCAACCUGAAGAAGGGCUUCGACCGUCUGGGCCAGCGGACGCGCCUUACGCCCGAACAGUUCGCGGACGUGCUGGACGUCCGGCAGAAGUGCCUGCACCGAGCGCCGUACGUGCCGACCGGCGACAGGGACCGGCUGUUCCCCGGCACGUGGUACCUGUCCCGCAUCGACGAAAUGCGCAGGCGGUACUACGAGAGAAAAGAAUAAUAAUGACGAUUGGCGUCGUCGUCGUUUAGAGCAUCCCGUGGCGAUCAACACUUUAGUUUUUUCGCAUAAUUAUACAUCCACCUUUAUUUUCAUGAAAAUUAUUUACUGAUGUACCAAAUUCGGAUUCAAACGAGUCGAUUCUCAAAAAUCAAAAUAUUUCCAUUUUUUUAAAUUAUAUAAAUGUCGUCAAUUAUCUUCCAAACUCAUUAUCACGAACCUAUGUUAAAUGACUCAAAAAGUUCUUGUUCAAAUUUGUAACAUUUUCAAAAAAAUUGUGCCUUAGUUUGUUUUAGUAUAGUUCUACAGCUAUAUAUUUACCAUUUAAAUUCAAUACUUUGUUUCACUUUUAACUAUUUUAUAGUUUAUUGUUAUUGAAAAAGUAGAUUCUUGUUUGAAAAACAGAAGUCAGAUCUCGACAGAUGACAGGGCACAUCUCCGGUAAUAGGUACAAACAAUCUCAACAGUUAGAAAAUACGAUCUUUAAGUAUUAUUUUAUAUUUAAGCAUUAUUGAAGAAAAAAUUGGUAAGCAUUGAGCAUGCUUAGUGAAUUUCUCUGAAUAAUAAUGUAAUAUACCUAAUACAUAUUAUAUAUUCCUGCAGUGAAAAUGUAUCAUAAAUAAUUGACGAUAGUCGAUAUAAAUAUUAUGUAAAUCGAGUUAUACUCUACAGUAAAUUAAGCAAAUAAUGAUUGGUGUUGGUACCUACUUUUUAAAAUACAUAUAUAAACAUAUUGUUAAUUUUAAUCUUUGUAUACAUUUUGAUGAUGUAUUGGUUUUAUAUUUUUUUUUAUACAUAUACUGUAAGUACUAUAGUUUUUUAUAAUUUUUUCAAAAUAAUAUGGUAUUUUUCACUUAUAUUAUAUUUUUGGUGUGAGGGUUUUGUUAACAAUAAUUUUAUCAUUAUAAUAGUCGUUGUUAAUGUAUUUUUUUUUAACUAUAGAUACAAGACAAAUUUAAUAUUGUUAACUAUGUCUUAUUUAAAAGAUUAUUCACAGGUUUUAAAAAUAAAAUACAUUUAUAUUUCAUUAAAAUGUUAAAUAAAUAUAUUCGUAUAUAUAAGCGAGCAGAAA